CAGUGGGAGGGAGGAGAGACAGAGGAUCCAGCCCUCUGGGACAGCAGUGUGUGUUUUGGGGGUGGACAGAGCGGCUUUGUAUGCAGAACAUCACCGGACACCAUUGGGAGGGACGCUGUUCGUUGUUCUGUGUGUGUGUCUGUAGUGAAACCAGACCUACCUCUGAUCCCUGCGCCACACACACUCCUCCAUCUGCUGCCCAGGAGUCCGCCGUCUGCUUCCUCUCUGCUCAACCCCUGUGAGAGCGUCUGAAUGUGUGUGAGAGAGUCUUGGAGGGCUGAUUCCCGGAGGUCAGGAGCGACGGGCUGUGAUGUGGAGCUUGCGGGAUUAAACGUUCUGAAGGCUCGGCACUGACGGCGAUGGAUUGGAGCCAGGAGACGGGAAGUUCAGACUCUUGAAUGACUGGAGGAUCCCAGAGGAUUUGCAAGCUCCACUAAAACCACCCAUCUUCUCUUUGCUUGAUUGUAUCUUCUGUAUUUCUGCAUCUGGACCUCGUCCACGACCUUGCGUGCGAGCGUGCGAUCGGCCCAUGUGGGCAGUGAGGGAUGCGGAUCUGAGCGAACUCCACGCCCCGAUGCCCGCUGCUAUGCUCCCAUGCCCUGCGCCGGCCGGGUCUGACUGGAGCUUCCAGAACCCGGUGGGGGUGGACUGCAGCUCCCCGGAACCUCGCUGCAUCUGGCUGGCGGUGCUCCGCGGUGCCACGGGUUCAGUGUCGCCGCCCGCCAUGCCCACUGGGUACAGGCAGAGCUCUCACCAGCCCAGGGCUAAGGGGCGGAGGGAUGGUCUCUCCUCAGCCGGUGACAACCCUCGGCCGCCGAUGGCGACCCGGCCGGGAAGGGAAGGGGUGGGCUGGAAGGGUCCCCGGACGCUGGUUCUCCAUAAGAACUCCCAGGGUUUCGGCUUCACGCUACGCCACUUCAUCGUUUACCCUCCAGAAUCUGCCCUGCACACCAACCUCAAGGAUGAGGAGAACGGAAACGGAAAAGGGUACCAGAAAGGUCGAAUGGAGCCGAUGGACACCAUAUUUGUGAAGAGUGUGAGAGAAAAAGGUCCGGCCCACCAGGCGGGCUUGUGCACAGGGGAUCGCCUGGUGAAAGUGAACGGAGAGAGUGUGCUCGGAAAGACGUACUCGCAGGUGAUAGCCCUCAUUCAGAACAGCGAGAGCGUGUUGGAGCUCUCCAUCAUGCCAAAAGAUGAAGAUGUGCUUCAGUUGGCAUACUCCCAGGAUGCCUACUUGACAGGCAACGAACCCUACUCAGGGGGAGCUGAGAACCUCCCACCACCGCCUCCCCUCUGUUACCCACGCUCCAAGGUCACGCCCCCUGCUGGAGCCCCUACGUCUGCCCCUAUGGGCCAGAACCAGCUGGAUAACUGGAGUCGCUGGCCAGGCUCUUCCAGCCCAUCUUCACCCCUGGACAACCGCUCUGCUGUGGGCAGCCCCGCCAGCUGGCAGGAAGGGCGGGCAGGAGAGCCAGGUGGUGUGGGGCACAGCAGCCCGGCCCACCGCACAGAGGAGAUCCAGUACGGUAUGACCAGCCAGCAGCCUCAGGGACAGACCAGGGGACGCUCCUACUCUUCGUCCUCCUCAUCGGGAGGCCUUUUGUCCAGCCCGCUGCAGGUCCACUACCCAAACCACCACGCUGCCAGCUCCUCGCAGGCUCAGCCACGCAAGUCCAGCUCAGCCUGGACCAGUCCACCCCUGCCCCAGCUCAGCCACAGCCGCAAUGAGCGCUGCCAGCAAGCCCUCUCCGACUGGUACUACAACCAGAUGCCUGAACGCUCAGGACGCAGCAUGCAGACCCGCCACCGCAGCUACUCUCAGGACCGGCUCAGUGAAACCAGGAGGCAGCAGCAGCGGGCGGGUGGCUGGCCACACAGCGCCUCCCAGGACACUCUGCUGCUACUACAGCAGUCAGGACCAGGACCCCAUGGAGAGCCCUACUGGUCCUAUGGAGACUGGGAAGGGGGCCCAGGUAGGGGCCAUCCUGCUUCUAAUUAUACCCGAACACGCUCUGAAAACCUGCUGGCCCAGUACGAUCGCCACGGCCGCUCGUUAGAGAUGCUGGACCGAGCAGCAGCUGGACUGGUUUCGCCUCGGUUUGAGCGGCCUUCGUGGCUCCAGCAGGCUCCCCAGCCGCCCCCCAGGACUGACGCCUACCCGAGGCAGGGGAGCCAUUACGGUGCAGCACAAGCUCCUGCAAUGUCCCGACAGUCGCAUUCUAAACACCACCCCCAGACUCACACCCAGGCCCACUCCCAGCCGCAGCCCCAGCAGGCUGCCCCCCAGAACAGGCGGCUACCCCCUGGGCAGAGCAUGGACGACCAGCCGGUGGGCUACCGUAGCUACAGCCCCUCUUUUUACCGCAAGACGGGCCGCAUAAUGCAGCAAGCCCACUCUUUCAGGGACCCUUCGUACUCUGGCCCCCACUUGAACUGGAACCCAACCCCUAAAAGCCCCCCAGAGGGCACAGCAGCACCACUCACUGCCUCCACAGCCUCCCCCCAUGCCUCCGCCACUCCCGAAUCCCAGGACAGAGCGUACAGGCCAACAAACCACGAGAGGGAACGCGGGUCAGUGGAGGGGCAGGCGGAGGUGGUGGCACAGACCCAGGAAGUGGUGCUGAGGCAGAAACCUCCCACCGGGCGGAGGAACGCCCACGGUAUGCGUCACCCCCACUACGCGCUGCCCAUGGACGGGCUAGAACCCUCUUUGUUUUCUCCUGAUCCCCAAGACUCAGCCCCUGCCCCUGGUUCCACAGGAGACGUAGCCCCACGCAAGCCAAACGGCAACCUCGCCCCCCUCCCCAUAGAGGAUGACUCCCUGGCCUCCAUCCCCUUCAUAGAUGAGCCGACCAGCCCCGGCGCUGAUUUGCGCGCCCGCCACGUGCCGGCGUCCUCCGUGGUGUCCAGCGGCAUGAGUUCGGCGCCCGCCGUGGUCACCAGCCCCGCCUCCCCCACCUUCACCUUCCCCCUCACUAGGCUCUUCUCACAUGACUGCAGCAGUAUUAAAUCCAGUCGCCGUUCCUCCUAUCUUCUAGCCAUCACCACGGAGCGCUCCAAGUCAUGUGACGAAGGACUCAACACGUUCAGAGAGGAAGGACGGGUCUUCUCGAGGCUGCCAAAGAGAGUGAAGAGUUUCUUCACAGACGGGUCUCUGGACAACCUGGGGACCGCAGAGGAGGUUCGAUCUAAACGCCACUCCACCUCAGAGCUGGGAAACAUCACGUACAGUGACGUACGAAGAGAAGGAUGGCUGCACUUCAAACAAAUCCUCACAGAGAAGGGCAAGAAGGUGGGCAGCGGCAUGCGCCCGUGGAAGCGAGUCUUCUCGGUGCUUCGCUCCCAUUCGCUCUUCCUCUACAAGGACAAGAGGGAGGCGGUGCUUCGCGGGGCCACGAUCGGAGGCGCGGCCGAGGACGAGCAGCCAAUCAGCAUCCGGGGCUGCCUGGUGGACAUCGCCUACAGCGAGACCAAACGAAAGCACGCGCUGCGACUGACCACCCAGGACUUCUGCGAGUACCUGCUGCAGGCGGAGGACCGCGAGGACAUGCUGGACUGGAUAAAGGUCAUCAGGGAGAACAGCAAGACGGACAGCGAGGAGCUCGGCUUUUCCAGACAGGCUCUCAUCAAUAAGAAACUGAAUGAUUACAGAAAGCAGAGUCCAACAGGCAGCAAGCCCGACUCCUCUCCCAGGCUGCCGCGCAUGAAGCCUCCCUUCCUGCUCGCCAAGACGGAAAACGCUGCCGGAGCGCCACGCUCCCCAAAACCAGAGGGCAAAGAUGAGAGCGGCCCUCCCAAGUCUCCGUGGGGAAUCAACAUCAUGAAGAAGACGAAGAAGGCCGGGCCCAAAGCUUUCGGCGUGAGGUUGGAGGAUUGUCAGCCGGGUGUAAAUAACAAGUUCAUCCCGCUGAUCGUGGAGAUCUGCUGCGGUCUGGUGGAGGACAUGGGCCUGGAGUACACCGGGAUCUACAGAGUCCCCGGGAACAACGCCAUGGUGUCCAUGCUUCAGGAUCAGCUCAACAAGGGCGUCGACAUCAACCCUGCAGAGGAGAAGUGGCAGGACCUCAACGUUGUCAGCAGUUUACUCAAAUCCUUCUUCAGGAAACUUCCAGAGCCGCUCUUCACCAACGACAAGUACAACGACUUCAUCGACGCCAAUCGGAUGGAAAAUGCGUCAGACAGACUAAAGACCAUGAAGAAGCUGAUCCGAGACCUCCCAGAUCAUUACUACCACACUCUGAAGUUCCUGGUUGGUCACUUGAAGACUGUAGCCGACAACUCGGAUAAAAACAAGAUGGAGCCUCGGAACCUGGCUCUGGUGUUCGGGCCGACUCUGGUCCGGACGUCGGAGGACAACAUGAAAGACAUGGUCACACACAUGCCUGACCGCUACAAGAUAGUAGAGACGCUCAUCCAGCAUGGAAUCUGGUUUUUCACUGAAGAGCUGGACAAGGAUGAAAAGACGCCGGUGGACACGGAGGACGUGCAGCCCGCCCCCAACAUCGACCACCUGCUGUCCAACAUCGGCAGGACCGGUCUGCUCGGGGAGGCCUCAGACUCAACCAACAGUGACUCGGCUAAAUCAAAGGGGUCAUGGGGGUCAAAGAAAGACCUGUCACCCAAGGACUUCCUGACUCUGUCCAUCAUGUCAGCCGUUACGGGCCGCAAACGCAGGAAGCGCCAUAACGCCCGCCGCGUGGGCAGCAGCACCGACGACGACUCGGAGCACGAGCCAAUCAAAGCCGGACAUCUGGGUGCAGAGGAGGAAGAGGAGGCGGAGUCGCCUGUGGGAGACACUGCUCCUCGAGCAGAGGGAGAGGAGGACGACGAUGAAGAAGAAGAGGAAGAGGACGAUGAGGAAGUUGUAGAAAGCGGAGUGAAAGAGGAGGUAGAAGAGGAGGUGGUGGCGGUUGUUCCCAGCCGGCCGCGCUGCAAAGAGGAAGAGGAGGCAGGAGGAAGGCAGGCAGCCACGUUGUUGCAGGAGGAGGAGGCGCGGGCGGAAGUGAAGGGGCCAGUGUGGAGAGCCCCAGAGGAUGCCCGCUCUAUCGUCUCUGGCUACUCCACCCUCUCCACGUUAGGGCGGAGCCUGGGGUCAGAGGGGAGGGGCGACGACGCCGACGACGAGCACAGCGAGCUGGUGAGCGAGACGGACAACGAGAGCGGCUUCGCCUCGCGCUCCCUCACCCAGGAGAGACCCGAUAAACACCCGACGGCCCCCGCGAACACACAGCCGCCAGCAGCCCCGCGCAGCUUCCUCUACACACACUACAAACCCCCCACUCUCUCGCCCACAAACCUUCUGGCCCCGCCCACGGCCCUCACACACACGCCAGACUCUGCGGACAGGAGCGAAGGAGGGGCGCGCUCCACCACGCCCUCGUCCUCCUCCUUCUCCUCCUCCUCCACCACUCAUAAACUGCAUUCGCGGCCUUCCUUCAACUCCCACAAGCUGAUCCAGUGCGACACUCUGGCCAGGAAGAAGCUGAAGUCGGAGAAGGCCAAGGCUCGCUCCCUGGACCUGCUGGAGCUGUCGGGGGCGGCGGCUCAGGGCGACGGGGCGGGUCCUGGCCCAGACGGCGCACCCAAAGCGAGGAGGGAGACUUCCAGAACCAACCCCUCUUCAGGCAGCAGCCAGGAGAGCCUGCGCCUGACCCGGCCCAAGCCCGCCCUGCCGCCCAGCGAGGCCGCCUCCUUCACCCCGACCGGCCCCGGCGGCAGGUCUCUGGCCGAGCAGGUCCGCGCUCGCCUGCUGGGCUCGGCCGACGACCUGCGCAGCGUGGGACUGCGAAAACCGCUGUCGCCCGAGACACGGAGGAAGAGAAGGGCCUGGCGCAGACACACCGUGGUGGCCUCCCCGACCGAGGCGUCCGACAAGAGACCCCCAAUGACUGUCAAUGACUUCCCCUUGUCUCCCAUCGCUCAAAACCAGGUCAAAACACCAGGGCUGCCUCUGGACGUGGACGGACUCGACCAAGGACCGGCUACACGUCAAGCACCCACCUCCAGAUUCCACCAGUACCUGUGAGCCCUGCCAGCUGACCCCGCCCUCCAGGGGGGUCCGGGCUGAACUGCUGACUCCCUGCAGGUCAGUAGACCAGCAGCAGCAUGAACAGGGUCGCACCAGGUCUUUUAAGAGCACCCUUUUCUUUUCCAUAAGCUCCAUUUGCAUGGCAUGGGGCAUUCCAGUGUUGCCAAAGCUUUUCUUUAUUUUUUUCCUCUAUGUGUGCUUUUAUAGAAAUAAUACAGAAACAGGACCGAGACACAAACAGACCUCAUCACAAUCAACACAGCCAAGAAUUCUCAUUCGAGUACUAACCGAGCAUCCUUCCCGUCUUCUCCACCUCCCUCCCCGGCUCGCUGACGACAUAAAUUAAAGAGUUAAAUCCCUUCAAGUGUCCAGAGAAGGAUGACGCUCCCUCUGGCUCUUGAGAGAACGGUGCUUCUUAUCAAACUAUUGGAAAGAUCCUCUAAAUCCACUACAAAAAGUUAGCGGUCACUUUCAGUUUAAAGAGGGAUCUCAGCCGAUUUUCCGCAUCAGUCUUCCCGAUCAGUGACCCCUCAGACCACAGACACUGUAAUACUCCCAUUUAUACUCCCAACAGUACAGACAGUCAGUUACAAACACACACAACCCGGCCGUCUCUCACUCUACUUGUUAAUAAUGUUUAUGUGUGUUUGCGCAGCAGUACUUGUGAUCAUGUCUGAGUGUGCAGGCGCUUGUGUUAAACAAUUUUGUAACAUUUGUACAAAGCCUUGUUAAGUUAACCUUGUAAAUAUAAAUAUUAUCAUAUUUGUUUUUACUUUUUUUAGUUCCUUUUUUUAUGGUUUACAAAAGUGCGUUCAAAGUGCACAGUCAUUUCUUUCAAGACGUUACUUGAAAUGUUUCCCUUAAUAUAUUCAUUUUUUUUUGUUUUAUAUUCAAUAUAUAUAUAUAUUAUAUAUUUUAUAUUAAAGUAAAAAAAGGACUUUUAUGUGAUUUCACCUCUUUGGUGUACCUGUUCAAAGGAGACAAGAUGACUAAACCUGUUCCUUCUUUCCUCAUAGAUGGCCUUGUUCUGAUUCUCAGCACUGUGCAGAAAACCUUUAUCUCUUGAGAUCUAGUCUUAUAAAUACGUUUCUCUGGUGACUCUGCUUCCAACGACGUUGCAUCAGCGACUACAUGUAGCAAGAGUGGAAGUGUAAUCUGGUAAUUAUUACAGUAUUUUGGACAGUUUGCAGGCAGCUCAGCGCCACACUGUGAUGGCUGACCUCAUUUGUUUUGUUAUUCAUGUCUGGGAUUACCGAGCGUUGCCUCCACAGACCUGCUCAUAUUCACUGAGCUCGACACAAAGUAUGUUCCUUCUUGUAAAAGAGGCGGAGGAGAGGCCUGACGGUGUUUUACAGACUGUUUAAAUACUGUGUAGCACACAGAAACGGCUCCACUUUCACCUGCGUCGGUGGUGAUAUAUGGUUUGUUCACAUCUCCUCCGAGGGUUCAUCUGUCUACAUGUUUAAAUACCUUGGGGUUAGCAUGACGAGGAGUUUUCCGUAAGGUCAGGCUCUAAUAAAUCCUCCCCGACUGGGGAAAUGGUACAUUAGAGGAAAUGAACGCAGAACGCCCGCCAACGUGAAUCUAUUGUUUUCAUCUGGCGUCUUGGCCGUGGAAUUUGCCAUCACAAAAUAACACAAACAGGAGGUGCAACUUCCAAAGUCAUGUUGUUUUCAUCUCACCAAAUAACCCAGUGAAAAAUAAUAAUAGUAAUAAUAAUAAUAAUAGUAAAUGAUAAGUUAUGGUCUUGUCUUACCUCAAGAUUUUUUCUACAAGUGCCUGAUUUGUGGAAUGUGUUUUUGUUCUGCAGUGCCAUGGUCAGUUCUUAUCUUUCCGUAUCCCUCUGUUGUUUCUGGGUCUCCUCCCUCCUCUCCUGUGGUUGAUGGUAAAACUAAGGCACUGACCCAAAGAUGUGUACAUUAAAUCCAGGCGGUCUAACUGAGAGCACACUUCAAGCCAAGGACAUGUCUAUGCACUCUCUUUUUGCCUUUAUCACAGGCACUAACAGCUGUUACCGCCGCUGCUGAGAGGCGUAGUAUUCUCUCAGCUGCUUUUCUUACCGAGCUGAGGCCACCUCUCUCUGCCUAGUGAUCCACAGUGUGUGAAUAUGGUACACCUAACGAGCCCGACCCUACAACGGCAUUAGGUCACGUCAGACAGCAUUCAGUUUCCUCAAGAUGAGCAGCCCGUGACUUCAUCAGCAGUUGGUGUGUGUUGUCUGGAACGUGAUCCGCCUAAUGUCUCAUUGUUGUAUUUUAAAAUAUUUUUUUUGUACAUACUCUCUUAAUAUGUAACAUAUUGUAUUGUGUACAUUUGGAAUUGCUUUUGAGUAUAACUAAUAUGAAAAUGACUGGACUUAAAAGGUUGUCCGCCUGAAACAGUUUCCCCUCAUGGCUGUGUGCUUUAAAGCAAGGUUAUAUGGUGUAAAUAAACAGAACUAUGUUUAA